GGAGGGCGGCAGGGCGCCCGCCAGUGUACCUGAGGGCCGGAUGGGAGGUAGACGUUCUCAGAGCUUUCCCUCCGGGUCGGUGCAGCGCAGCGGCAACCUUCAGUCUCCUCAGCCCCGGGCCGCCAGGGCCAGGCACCGCGCGCCCGCUGCCAGUCUGCCGUCGCCACUCCUUGCGGGCUAGUGUGCUGCCUCCUUCCCCCGCCCGUGUGUGCUACUCGUGACUCCGUUAACUGGUCAAUGAAAAUAACAAAGGAAAAAGUGAUGCAUGAAAUAUUUUGAAGCUGACGCGACAAGCUUAGAAAAUAGAUACAAAUGUGGAGGAAAGAAGCUGAAAGUUAGGAGUGAGGAAAAAUGGAACUUACAAACGUGUCAAUCAAAAUCUUGUAAAGAAGUCUACUCUUCUGAGGCCAGAGAAAGUGAAAGUAAACAGACAAAGUUUGAGCUAUGAAAUUGGUGUCGUAGGUCGUGAUGGCAAAUAUUUUCAAAUGCGAAACGUGAACAGCUGCAACAUGAAGACGCGGGGUCUGGGGGUCGAAGGAAAGUGUCAAGGAUCAAUAUUAACGCCAGAAAACGUGAUGCCGCGCUAAUGAGCUGUGUUAUAGAUUUCCUGAAUUCUGAAAGAAUUUCGAGAGUUCCUCCGCUUCAGAAAUCAAUAAAAAUGGGACGAAUGUACCGUAUUGUUAAGGUGAAUGUAAUUAUUGAUUCAGUGAAGAUUUUCAAACUUUCUUCAACAUUAAAGCCCAGUGUCAAGCUCAUCAUGGAGAGAGGCGAAAAGUGAAUCACAGUGACCUGGCCAAGGUGUCACGACAGGAUGGAUUGCCGCAGCUUGGUCAUGACCUCGCUCUUCUGGGCCACCGCAACGGCCGCGUCGAAACAGCCGGCCGUGGUGCGGUCCGUGUGGGUGGUCAGUGGAGGGCGCGCCGAGCUGCCCUGCGCCCCGACGCCCAAACACAAGCAAGACUCGGCCCUCGUGGUGCUCUGGUACCGCUACAGCGACACCAUCCCCGUCUACAGCUAUGACGCCCGGGAUGGGGAGUUCACCUCGGGCGUCGGGUGGGCGGACGAAGGGGAGCUGGGCGGGCGGGCACACUUCAUCCCAUCCUCGGAGCCGCCCACGCUUGUACUGGAGCCUGCCCACGCCCGCGACCAGGGUGUGUACACGUGCAGGGUGGACUACCUGCUCUCCCCCUCCACCACGGCUGUCGUCAACCUCACAGUUAUGGUCCCGCCCGGGCCGCCCAUGAUCCUGUGGGGCGGGCGCGGGGUGGUAGACGUGGUGGGGCCGCUCGGGGAGGGUGAGAGGGCGGAGCUCACCUGCAGGAGUAAGGGCGGGCGGCCUCCCCCAACGCUAUCCUGGACGAGGAGGGGCCAGCGCCUGCCCCUGCUCGGCACCAACACGUCCUCCUCUCGAGACACAGAGAACAUUUGGGUAGAGGCGCGCGUGGCCAUCGUGGGCAGCCGGGACCUCCUCGGCAGCACGCUGUCCUGCCACGCCCACAUGCCCUCCCUCGCCCAGGCCCUCACUGUCGUCCCGCAGGUCCAGACGGCCUCCGUCAUCGUCAACGUCACGUUGCCGCCGGUGACAGUGAGGAUCCUGAGCCCCGGUGCGGCAGCCUCGGCGGGCACAGAGCUGCGACUGAGCUGCCGUGCUGCGGGCUCCCACCCCCCCGCCCUCAUUAUUUGGUGGAACGGACACAAGCGGCUGUCUCCGGUGUCUUACGCAGUGGAGGCGGGAGGCAACGUCACCAGCGCCACGCUCACGCUGCUGGUGAGGCGGGAACACAAUGGGGCGACGCUCACCUGCACCGCCUCCAACCCCGCCCUACCCGGGGAACGCCACCUGUCAGACUCCAUCAAGCUGAGCGUCUACUACGCCCCCGAGGUCCGCCUGUCGAUGGGUCGCCGCGUCAACCCCAGCAGCCUGAAGGAGGGGGAUGACGUCUACUUCGAGUGCAGCAUCACCGCCAACCCUCCGUACAAGCGCGUCAUCUGGUACCACAACGGCUCGGUGGUGGCGCACAACCAGACCUCGGGCGUGAUCGUGAGCAGACAGAGCCUCGUCCUGCAGCACCUGAGGCGGGAACACGCGGGGACCUACACGUGCGGGGCCACCAACCACGAGGGGCAGAACACGAGCAAUGCCGUCAUUCUGUCCAUUAAACACGCUCCGGUGUGCGCCGGGACGGGGCGGGAGAGGACCCAGGGGGCGGCCCGCGGCUCCACGGCGUCCAUCAAGUGCCUGGUGGAGGCGGAGCCUGCGGAGGACGUCACGUGGUCGUGGGUCAAGAAGCGAGCGGACGGCACGGUGGAGGAGCUGCCCGACGACGACGUGCGGGUGGAUGGCUUGUCCUCCAGCAUCAUCGUCACGCCCAUCACGCCCGAGGACUACGGACGCUUCCUCUGCCGCGCCGCCAACAGCGUGGGGCAGCAGCGCGAGGCCUGCGUGGUGACCCUGGUGCCGGCGGGGCCGCCAGACACGCCCACAAACUGCUCCGUGUCCCCGGAAGACCCCAGCACGGUGCACGCCCGCCCCACCACCGACGCCCUCACGGUCACCUGCCUCGAGGGCUUUGACAGCGACCUCUCGCAGCACUUCACGCUGCAGACGUGGCAGGACAACGAGCUAGUCGCCAACAUGACCAGCAUGUUCCCGGAGUGGGUGGUGGCGGGGCUGCGGCCGGGGGUGGGCGUCACGCUGCGGGUGGCGGCUCAUAACACACGGGGCCGCAGCGACGCCUUGCGCUUUGAGGUACACACCGCCAGCAUCAAGCAACACGCCGUCAGAGACUCCAAGUGGGGCAUUCUGGGCGUGCCGCCGCUGCUGGGGGUCCUGGUGGGGGUGGGCGCAGUGCUGCUCCUCAUCCUUAUCACGGGCGUGAUCGUGGCCAGACAAAUGAGGCGUCCACCGCCGCCCACGCACGUCCACACUGUCAUCAUGACGCCCACCGCCACUACCGACACCACCACCACCACCACUAAUACAAUCACCGUCCCUGAUCCCGACACCUACGACCCUGACGUGGUGUCUUCCCUGUGUCGCCCUACCGACAGUCUGGAUGUCCUGCCCAACUCAGACCCCACCCAGCAGACCACGCCCUCCACCACUCUCACCGUUGCGCAGGCUACCAUGCAUCAAGGAGAGCAAGGGCAGGCCGUGGCAGGGAGCCACAACAACAACCAAGGCAACACACACACGUCCUUCCCCCGCGGGGUCUGCCUCCACAGACAGAACAGUGCUUUCGGGGACAGUGAAGAGACGGCCGACUCGGACUCUGAUUCUACCUUCACGGACCUGACCGCGGCGGGCCGGGCGGCCGCCGCCCUGCCGCCAGCGUCCAGGAACUCCCUCCCGCGGGUAAAGAGGCACAUCCACCAAUUAUCAUCCUCUCCACUCGACUUACAGCUGCCAGCGUGUCAGGUGUCCCAGGUGGUAGCGACUCCCGACGGUAUGAUUCAGCGCAUCCCUUAUUUGCUUCGGAACCCGCGACAGCUUUCACCCUCCUCCUCGGCGGACCUGCGGCACCAGACGGCUUCGGCGGAAGAGCUACACCCUCUCAUCUUCUCCAGAGACUUUAGGCAGCUGCUGACGUCAGCGGAUGUGAGACAGUUGUCUUAUUCAGGCACAGAGCUCAGGCUACUUCCUGGCACUGGCACGUGGCCGCUUGGCUCCUCAUCAGGGGAGCUCAGACUUCCUCUACAGUCUUCGAUAACCACAGAAGAGCUUCGCCUGAUGCGCUCAUCGUCAGGGUCAUCUCCGUGGGACUCGCAAGCCACGCCAAUCUUCAGCAGUCUCUCCCCGGUCAACCAUCGAAUGCCGUGCACGGAGGGGACGCAGCUUCCAUCACAGACGCCCAUCACACUGCCAAAACCGCACUCGCCCUGCGGCCACUUGCAUUUCCGAUCAUCUAGCACCCAGCCUCUUCUUCAGGCCAUAUGCACUGAGCCCCAGCCCCAGCCCCAACCCCACUGCCUGGAUCCUAGGCUUUAUCAGCCCUAUGUUGGCCGUCAGCCUCAGGAGCCCAGUGGGAUUCUUCAUCAUCAUGGAUCUUGUCCCGUAUCUCAGGCCGCGGGAGCGAGUGCUGAGGCUCAGUCACGACUUGGCUUUGUCGACUCCCACCGCCAGGCGGAGGGUUCGAGUGUUGCCCCCAGACCACCAUGUUCAGAGCAUGGGGCUCCAGCAUUCAAAGGUUACAAGACAACGCCCGCACAGGCCAGAGUUUCUGAAGAACUCCAAGUAUCUCUGAGGGAACUUCAGCCCCCACCCGCACCAAGCAGUGAGGUGGAGCCACUACCAGACACUAUAGAGCUACAACCGCCUCCGUCCUUUAGGGGGGCCGGGCAAUUCUCUCAAUUAGAAGUUGGCUCACUAACAGACACUGUUCGCCAGAGGAAGCCGGUAGGACAACCCGUAGCUUGUCCACUGCCUCCUUCAAUGGGCCACUUGCCAAAAUACAAGUCACCUGAUGGGUCGAGUGCAAAGUCUAGUUCAGUUGUAUUUCAAAGAAAACCCUUUCCGUGUCACGAUAUAAAUAAAAAAUUGGAACAAUCACAGGACAUUUUUACGAACCUCAUCUGUGGUAGGUCUGCAUACGUUUGGAUCAAAGGCAAAUAA